AUCAGCUCGUGACUUCGAGACGGUCAGUUCGCUCGGUUUUCAGGGCAGUGCGCGCUCUCGUUUUCCUCAGUUCGACGGUUUCAGUACGGUGCCAGGAAAAAGUCCUCCUACACGAUGGCCAGCAACACCCAGGGCAUCCAGCAGCUGCUGGCCGCGGAAAAGAAGGCCGCCGAUAAGGUGGGCGAAGCGCGCAAACGCAAGGCACGUCGUCUGAAGCAGGCCAAGGAUGAGGCCACGGAGGAAAUUGAAAAGUACCGCGCGGAGCGCGAUCGCACCUUCAAGGAGUUCGAAGCUAAGCACGUUGGAUCACGUGAAGGCGUUUCGAACAAGAUCGAUGCCGAUACCCGGGCUCGCAUCGACGAGAUGAACCGUGCGCUCGGCACCCAGAAGGAACCGGUUAUCCAGGAUGUGCUGUCGUUCGUGUACGCUAUCAAGACGGAGGUGCACAAGAACUACCGCCAGUAACCGGGAUCUCCG